AUGUUAGCCAAUUUGGUUUAUCUGGGCUAUGCAAUUGGAAUCUUGAUCAUUGACUUCAAUCCAUAUGUGAACGGAUCAGCAGGUAGCAGUUCAGCUGUUGACCUAAGUGAUGUUACUACCGAAUGUUCUUGUCUUGAUAAUUCGACCGACUACACAACGACCAUCUCACCAGAUCAACCUAUUGCAAGUGCAGAUUUAGUUAACAACCUCUAUUUCGGUUUUGGUAUCGUACAUAUGAUCUCAGCCUUUCUUUAUUGGUGGGCAUGGAGCGACCACACAUGGCUGGAUGUUAUUAUGAUCCCUGAAUAUCUGAAUUUUAUUGAAGCUGGUCUUUACAUUUGGAGUGCUGUGUGGUAUAAAAGAGAAACAACGUUAUUUGCUUAUUAUACAUUGUGUGUGCAUAAAAUUGAAAUAACAGCAGCAUUUGUCGAGUUGCUGGCAUCGUGUGGAUGGAUUAUGUCCUGGUAUCGAACUUAUACUCGUACACUUGGGCGUGGUUUUUCGCUGGACGAUCCAGAUACAGUUGCUUAUCUGUGCACCUUCAUUAGUUCAUUGAUUUACAUAACUUAUAAUAUUCAGAUAACAGCUCACCCCGAACAAUACGGUACAAACUAUUUAUAUACUUAUGGCGAUAUUGUCUAUUUUGUUGGUGCUUGUUAUUAUUGUUUUGCUUGCCUAAGAGAUGAUAGUUGGUUCUGGUUUAUGCCUUUGGCUGGUCAGUAUGGUAUAGCGGCUGGGCGACUUCAAACAGAAAAGCCGAUUAAAGCCGGAUUACCCCAUAUGUUGAUGACUGAUUGCUGUUGCCAUUUGAGAAACCGAAAGCCCAGACUUGUACAUCUAACGGGUCAAACUAGUGAAACGGGAUCAGCAGCACAAAUUCUUCCGUUAGAGGAGAAAGAAAACGCUCAUUAUGUUUCCAUUCGUCUCUGAAUCCUUGUGUUCUAGUCAUUUAGAAACAAAAAAAACAGAAGUGCCAAAAUACUUAGUUUAGUUUCUAACUGACCCAAAUAGAAAAAAGGCUUCCUUUAGACCUAUUUAUAAGAAUAACAUUUCACAUUAGAAACAGAAUUAAAGCCAUAGGUUCAUCUCUAUGGUUUAAUACAAUGAAUAAAAACGUUACCCAGUCAAAAAAACCAUCAGACAAAGAUGUUAAUGAACACUUUCAAUUCGAAUAAUAAAUAUUUUCAAUUUAAUAAGUAUCCUUUCGUUUCGGUUAGAACUGGUAGGUGCAAUGACCCGCGUGGGUAGACUGCUAGCUUGUUUAGGUUAUUUUCCACUUAUAUUUUGUUACUUGUCUUUUUUUUUGUUGUUGUUAAAUAAAGAGGGAUGUCAUCAGCAUGCCCAUCAACUGCCCACUCUCUAUCACCCUAUGAAUAUACCUCCUAGAUUAUUAAGUUUAUAUUCAAUUAAUUACUCGGAGAUCAUUAAGUGUGAAUAAAUUUUUGAUCUAUGAAGUGCUGAGAUAUUUACCUGCUAACUUCACUGCUCGUCCAGUGAUAUCCCUUUCCAGUACAGUCAUCUCACAUCUCUAUAAACAAAGUAGUUGGACUAAACAACUUUUGUAUAUUUUCAUCUUUUCAUCUAGACUCAGUUAGGAGCUCAAACUAUAAUGGAAAAAGAAUUGAAGUACUUUAACACUUCGACUACUAACACAACUGCAUACGAGAAUAACUGAUCGGAUAGGUUGCGGCUUAAGAUGAUUCAAAUGAUGAAAGAUACCUGGCUAUGGCACUGUUCUUACUGUUGAAACAAAAUAACUUAACGCUAACGGUCAGCCGCAUAUAGCGAACGAAGAAACGCUAAUCUUGCAUGACCAAGAGGAGCUUCAUUAUAAAACUUAUAAUGGCAAAGAUCGCUUUAAAAGUUGUUUUCAAUGUCUGUUUGCUUCAAGUAGAUCAUCACCACUGUUAUUCAGCCAACCAAAUUCAUACGUCCUUGAACGAUGAUCGUAUGCAUUCGAGGAUUCAUUUCCUAAUUUAUUAGGACAAAAUGUGUGAAAUAGAUUGUUGCUGACUACGACCAAGAGCGUGCGUUUAUACUUUGAUUUGGCUUUCUAUAUGAUAAAAACGGACACCGGUGAGAAAUCUUACUUUUUUGAUCUAUAAUCACAGCAUUAUGUUUUUUAUUUAGAUUUUGACCGAAUAUUUGCUGGUUAAAUUUUCAAUAUGAAUUUUGUCCAGACAAAUUUAAAUUUGAGGUUUGUCUGCAACAUAUAUACAACAUCAGGUAAGUCAGUUGUCUUUUUAAUGUAUGUGGAGACCAUUCUAUCUUUUUUUCAAUUGAUAGCUUUUCUCGAUCUGUUCAACUAGAAUUAACUACUUUAGAACUAAUUUACAAGGCACAUACACACCAAUAUUAGAGAACUCGGGAGGAAAGUUUUGGUAGUUUGUCUAAUCCCUCCUCCCCUCAUAAUAGAAAGCCAUGGUAUUAUGGUUUCGCAUAUCGCACUUUUUUUGGUGAAAAACUGUCCUAUAGGAUGUUUUUUAAAAAUUUUCGCUCCAAACUGGCCUUCUAUUGAGGUAAUAAUUGUGCAAAAAAAUCUCAGAAAAAAAAUGCACUUGACAGCGUAAUUAACCUGCGCAAACACCAUCAUGCAUAUUUUUUAGUCUAUUAUAAAGUACUAGUUUCUUCGUUCUCUAAAGACAUGUAUAAAGGUAAAAUAAGUCACAUAAGGUGAAAUAUGAAUCGAAAACAAAACAUGUGAAGCGUACUAAAUCGCUUGUUUUUGUUAAUCAAAACUAGACAGGCAUGUGUAAUCUGCCUUCGGACAAUUCGUUUUCUCAUGUUUGUCAUAGUAAUGGAACGGUGCUU